UUAUUCGGCAACACUGAUGGCAAGUACAUAUUUUUGAUUAAAAAAGAAAAAAGAAAUUGGAGUUGUCGAGUGAGACCUGGCUUUUAUCAAUCUACCAAAGGUAGAAAUUAUUUUUGAUUCAUUAUUUUUUUCAAAAUACAAAAUCGUAUGGUUUUGUUUUAAAAUUAUAAAGAUUGUAUACAUUAUAAUUUUCUGUUGAUAUGAGUGUGUGAUUUUAUGACUACGUUCGAAUACGGGCUUCGUUUUUACAUUGCACAGUUAAUUUGUUUUGUCGUUUAGUUUCCUGUGCGAAAAUAGUAAAUAGUUGGUAGAGUAUGGCCGCCACAAGAAGACUUCAAAAAGUUAGUAAAUUAUUAUGAUAUUCAUAACAUAUUAAAAUUACAAUACUGCAAUAAAUAUCUUUUAUAUUUUAUUCUUACUUUCGAAGUUAUUCAUCACGAUACAAUUAAAAUAUUGCUAAUAUAGUGUAAUCUAUUUUGUUUAGUCCCUAAACUCAAAUUUUAUGAAAAUGUAACACAUGAUAAACAAUAAAUAAUUUAGUCUGUAUUAGUACUGCUUUAUACACAAGUGCAUGAAAUCUAUCUAAUUUUUUUAUUUAUAAUUAAUUUAAAUUUUGAAUUUCAUAAUUUUUAUUGAGAUUUAAUUAUGAAAUGAUAUUUUCUUAAAAAUAACCUUUUAUUUUAUAUAUACUUAUAUAUUUGUUAACAAAAAUUUAUUCAAACCACCAUACUGGACUGUAAUUUUAUCUUAUACAGUUAAUUAUUAAGUUAUUUUACUUUGUCAAAUAAAAUUCAUCAUUAUUAUUUAUAUAAGUAUUUUUCUAAGAAAUGUAUGUUUACCUAGUAUUUGUUAAUCCUAAUUUAUGACGAACAGAACUACCUAAGUAGAACAGUUUAAUACAGGACAAUUUCACUCUAGGAAAAGCAAACCAAAGUGAUAUAUCUCACCAAUGGGUAGAUAGAAAUUACACAUUUCAACAUUAAACUUCGUUUAAACUAAAACUUUGUCAAUUUAUGACAUUUUUAAUUUAGGUUGCCAUUUGAAAAUAAAUCCAAGUCUUUAGUGGUUGAUCAAAUAUAAAGGUGAAAAGAAUGUGCAUGAGCAUGGCUGUGUAAUAUUUUACAACAGUUGGGCACCUUAAAUAAUAAAAUUAAAACUAUGAAAUUAGAAGGCAUUCAAAAAAUAUGGAAAUAUUUUUAGACAAAAAUGCCUUUUUAAAUGGUUUUAAUAUUAUUUACUCAAAAAGUAAGUAUGUGAUUUGGAUUUGGUGAAUGUCAGAUUUACCAUUCCACAAAACAUAAACUUUUUAACAUUUCAAAAAAAUUAGGUCAUUUGGAAAAUUAUAAAUUUUAUGAUGUUUCUACUAUAACUAAAAAAGUAACUAUGAGCUGAUAUUUUUUAUAACAUUAUCAGAUUCGUGUUUAAAAACAAAAAGUUAAAAACCUUUGGGUUGUAAAAUAGACUUAUUCUAUUUUAGUUUCCAAAUAAAAGAAAAAUUAUGUUUUACUUGAUUAAAUAUUACAUUAUUAAAUCUAUCUAUAUAAAUUAUUUUAGGAACUAGCAGAUAUUCGUGAUUCUGGAUUAAAGUCAUUCCGUGAUAUACAAGUUGAUGAAACAAAUAUAUUAGCUUGGCAAGGAUUAAUUUUACCUGUAAGUAUAACCAAACAGUAGUAUUAUUUACACUAAUCUAAGUAAUAUUAAUAAAGUUUAACAUACAUAUUUAAGUUAUGAUUUUGAUACAAUAGACAUCUUUUUAGUACUAAUUUGUGUAUAUAACACCACUAUUUUUUUCACACUUAUUUUAUUUAGCAUAUGGCAUUUAAUAGAUUUAUAUAAAUUAUUACAUAAUAGAAUUUAUACAAAACAAAAAGAAGAAUAAUACUAAAAUAGUAAUAAUGACAACAUUGAUAAUUAGUAAUCAUAAAUAAUCAUGGAAAUUUCUUUUUUAAUAUUAUAAAGAAUUAUAAGUCCAAUGGUAACUUACCCAACCAUUCUGUAGCUCAGUAUUCUAAGUUGUGAAGAUAAAUCUAUCUGUUUAUGAAUGAAAAUAAGGAGUAUUCCUCUAUGAUACGCAUUAUGGUUUGAUUGGCAUUUCCAUAUUGACAGCUUCUUGAUAUUCCUAAUUCUUAUUUACUCAUAAGAUUCGCGUAUUUUCCUGAAUUGACUGGAGCGAAAUCAGGUCAGGAGUACCUAUUGUUUUCUGGGAAGAUUGAAACUAGGCAGGUGUUUGUUAGGGUCCCAAAUUAAAUGGGAUAAAUAUUUUUAGGUGACUCAUUUAAAUUAAUAUUUGCAAUUGUUUUCCAUGCAGGGUUUCUCGGUUUUAAUAUCAUAUACUGGAAGGAGUCAACAGAUUUGGAGGUUAGAAUUUUCUAGGUAUUUUUUCUAUUCUUUUCUGAGUGCUUCUUCUCUUCUCCUUUUUCACACUGAGUUCAAUAUUUAUCUUUUAUAAAGUAAUAUCUGCUUAGCAAAUUGAUUCUAAUAACACAUUGAAUAUCUUAUAAGUUUAGUCUUUAAUUAUGUAUCUUUUUCCUCUCCUUCACCUUCAUCUCAACUAUUUGGCGGUCAACCACCCUCGUUCUAAAUUUCCACUUGACCUAAUUUCCCACUUUGCAAACCCUAAUUGUCCUCAUAUCAUUCUCAAUCAUAUCCUACCACCUCUUUUUCGGUCUUCUCCUCCCCUCUACCUAAAUUUAUUUUCAUUACAAUUCAUAAUACUUCUGAUUCCUCUCUCUUCAUAACAUGUCCAAACCAUCCCAGUCUAUUUUUUUCUCAUUUUGCCUAUUAUUGAAGCCAUUUGAUAGUAUAUAAGCCUAAGCACUUUUGUAAAACUUAACUUUUUGUCUCAUUGAAAUCCUUUUUUAACAUAUAACGCCUGACACUGACUUUAUUUAACUAUAUUUAAUGUUUCACUUCCUCAUCAAAACUUUGAUGCUUAAGACUGAACAUCAUCACUUUUUGUUGUUAGUGUUACUCCAAACUUAUUCUCUGUCUUAAUUCUACUUAUCUUUAGUCCCUUUUCUUUAAAUGCUACUGUACAUUCUUCAAGCCUAUUGUUAACUUAUUUCAGAUUUUCUUCUAUCAAAGCUAUAUCAUCUGCAAACAUCAUGCACCAUGUACUUCCUCUCACCAAUUGUCCCAGCGCACAUCCAAGAUGGGACAGUCUAUCAAAGUCUUAUUUAGAACUCCUUAUACUGAUAAACAACAUUUUACAUUGACUGUAGAUCUAAUGUAACUCUAUUUGCUACCUAUUGCGACAAGUAGAAUUCUUGGAUAGGAAGUAUUUUGAUCCCCUUCUACAGAGAGAGUGGUAUUUUCAAUUAUAAGGUAAAUUCCUUUACCGUACAGAAAAAAUACCAUAGCCUACUGAAAUUACCCACCAGGGUUUUCCAACAGUAGGAAUCAAGGCCCGGGGUUUGGAAAACCAUAGCAUUAUAUGCUCCCCUCAAUAUUAAGUGUAAAUAUAAAUAUUAUUAUUAACAUAAUAAUUUAAUUUACUUAGUUCUUCUUAAUGUGCUGAUUCAUUUCACAUGUUAGUAAUUAUCAUUGUUAUACAAGUUUUGUUUGUCGCACUUUGAAAUAAUUCUGCAGAGCUUUUAUCAAACCAUGUUCUGAGGUUGGUUAGCCACAAUGUUCAUUCUUUCAGAUGAUUUUCCGCUAUCUAUUUGUCCAUAUAGAAUACUAAUUCUUUUUAUUUUCCUAUUCUAUGUAAUACCUCAAUAUUAGUAAUUUUCUUAAUCUAAAGUAUUCUCAAGAUUCUUCUGUACAACCAUAGGCCAAAUGCUUCUAACUUAUUCAAAGUGUUUUUGGUUAGAGUCCAAGUUUUCAUGUCAUAUAAUAUAGUUGAGAACACGUAACAUCAUCUCAGGAGUCAUACUUUUUUGUAUAGAGAUAAGUUGUGGCUUACGAUUGUUGCACUUAUUGAGUUAAAUACAUGUAUGUCUUUUCUAAUAUUACAUUUAUUUAUUCCCUAUUGUCCUAUUAUUCGUUAAAGUAGUAUUGAUGUACACUUUCUAUUCUAGUUUAAUUAAUACUUAUGUGAGCUUCAGUGUUAUUUGUUUUGCUUAUGAUUAAGGUUCAGUACUUUUUGUUUUUAACAUUCACAAAAAAAGCACUUAAAGCAAAUAUUAUUUGACCAAAUGGUAGAAGGAUUCAAAUGUCCUUUUCUAACAACUCUAAAUUAUUAAAUAUAAUUUUCUAAAUAAUUAUUAAAAAUUAAUUUUGUUAAAAUAAAAUUAUAUGUAUUAUAACAAAAAAAUAACUUUGGUUUAAUAAUUUGUGUAGCGUUAGAAAAUUGUAUUUAAUAAUCUAAAGACGUUAAAUAGAGUACAUUCAAAUACUUCUACCAUUUUGUCUGAUAUUUGCUUGAAGUUUUUUUUUGUUAUUUUUAAGUGCAAUAUGUCCCGAAUCCUACUUAUAAUCAUAAAUUUUCUAUUGUUUAUAUUUAUAUCAUGUCCGUAUAUAAGAGUAGUCUUUGUUAUUCUGUUCAUAAGUAAUUGAAGGCCCUCAACAACCUCUUAAUCCAAGUUAUUUAAUCGCGUGCUGUUUAUAGAUAUUCCUUCUUUUACUUCAUUAAGAGCUUCUCUAAAUAUGUAUUCUGAGUAAAGAUUAAACAAAAUGGAUAGAAGAAUACAUCCAUGUUUCACAUUUAGUUGAAUUUCGAUCCGUGUCUAUCAUUUUACCAUCACUUUUGAGAAACGCUGUUUGUUUCUAAUAUAAAUCAUCAAUGAUUCUAAGGUCUUUUUCAUAUAUGCUUAUUUCUUUUAAAAUUCUAUUCUUUAUAUAAUGAAUAGCAUGAUUAAAAGCCUUCUAGUAAUCAACUAGACAGACAAUCACAUUACAGUUUACAUCUCUGUAUCUUUCUUUUGUGCCAACCGUGUAUUCAAAAACCCAAACCUAAAUUACUAAAUUACCAACUUAUUACUAUUAACUAGAGUAAUAAUCAUAUUUUAUAUAUAAAAUAAUGUAAUUGAUUAGGUCUUAUAUUAAUUGUUAUUGGUAUGCUUGUAAAACGUAUACAAUUUUAUAAUUUAGUAUUUAUUACAAAUCAAAAUAAACAAUUUAAAAUGGUAAUGGUUUAUAUUGUUUCUAAUAAUUGUACUAUUUUACAGGAAAACCCUCCAUAUAAUAAAGGUGCAUUUAGAAUAGAAAUCAAUUUUCCUGCAGAGUAUCCAUUUAAACCACCUAAAAUCAAUUUUAAAACUAAAAUUUAUCAUCCUAAUAUUGAUGAAAAGGGCCAGGUUUGUUUGCCAAUUAUCAGUGCUGAAAAUUGGAAACCAGCUACCAAAGCCGAUCAAGGUUCGCAAACUUUUUUUUUACAAGUUAAUACUAAUUUUAUUCCAAAAUAUCUAAAUAAUCAAAACUUGUUGGCUAUUUAUUUAGUUAUUCAAGCUCUAAUAGCUCUAGUCAAUGAUCCUGAACCUGAACAUCCUUUACGUGCAGAGUUAGCAGAAGAGUAUUUGAAAGAUCGCAAAAAGUUUUUCAAAAAUGCUGAAGAGUAUGCUAAAAAAUUUGGUGAAAAAAGACCGUCUGAUUAGAAUACACACACUUAAUAUGUAAUAAAUCUGUCGUUGAUUGGAUCAAUACCAACCUACAUUACACACACAAAAACAACGACAGCAACAACAAUCACUAAUGACGUGUAAUUACACAAAUUCGAGCAAUUAGUUGAGAUAAAAAAAAUUGUAACCAAUAUUUUUCUUAUCACAAUAAACACUUUAUAAAUUGAAAAAGUUUUAUUUUUAUGGAUUGGAAAUCUUUAGCAUUUAUAUAUAUUUAAAUGUGCUUUUUCUUUUUUUUACGUAUUUAUUGAAUGUAAAUUGUUUUCAAUUAAAAUUGUACUUCAAAUAUAAAACACGUGUAAAAAGUUAAAAUUAAGUAUUUUUGUAUUUAUAUUAUUUCACAUUUAAAAUGCAUAAUGUAUAAAAUAUUAAAUUGAAAAGGAUACGGAUUUCCAUAGGUUAAUCUGAAACAAAAUAUCACAGUUAUAAGUUAUUAUAUAACACUAAGUUUUACUAAUAUUUUUAUUUUCACCUCAUUAUCAAAAUGAAAAUAUGUUGUAGCAAGUAACUGAUCAUCUGAAGAAAUAUCCAUUGUUUUUAUUUCAUUGAAGUGAUCAAUUGAAUACAAAAACCUACCUUCAUUUGUAUC